AUGUCAGAGACGCCCGUCUCGCAACAGCCCAAGACGAUCGGUGGCUUCAUUGAAGAGGAUGAUGACGAAGACGAUGAAGAGCAAGAGCAGGGCACAGGCACAAACGGUUCGCUCGCGCAGACUCCUGUGCAGCAGCAACAGAAUGUACAAGCCGUAUAUAACCCUCCUACUGAUGUACUUGAACAAGACCAUGCCCCUUCUGCCAUUCCCACACAAGGUGCUUCUGUCCAAGGCCAGCCCCUGCCGCAGUCCAAUGCCCCUGUUCCCUCUGCUCAGAAUGCUACUUCUGCUGCCGCUGCCGCUGCCGCUGCCGCAUCCAAGCCGCGCUUGCCUCAAGACCGUGUUGGUCAGUUGGAGGACAGAAUUGCCGAUGACCCCAAGGGUGAUGUUGAUGCUUGGCUUGACUUGAUUGCUCUGCACAGAUCCAAGAACAAGCUCGACGAUGCUCGCAGCGUCUACGACCGCUUCUUCGAAGUCUUCCCCACUGCUGCUGAACAAUGGGUCGCCUACGCCCUCAUGGAGCAAGACCAGGACGACUUCCUUCGCCUGGAGAACAUCUUCAACAUGGCCCUUCUCAAGAACUACAACGUACAGCUCUGGGGCAUCUACCUCGACUACAUCAGACGUCGCAACAACGUCAUGACCGACGCGACAGGCCAGGCUCGCCAGACUAUCACUCAGGCGUACGAUUUCGCCCUCAACCUGAUCGGCAACGACAAGGACUCUGGAAGCAUGUGGCAGGACUACAUCAACUUCAUCAAGUCGGGUCCCGGCAACCCUGGAGGCAACGGCUGGCAGGACGCUCAGAAGAUGGACCUCUUGCGCAAGGCCUACCAGCGUGCCAUUACUGUCCCCAUGCAGGCCACCACCAGCUUGUGGAAGGAGUACGACUCGUUUGAGAUGGGUCUUAACAAGAUGACCGGUCGCAAAUUCCUCCAAGAAAAGUCGCCCGCUUACAUGACCGCUCGCACCUCUUACAACAUUCUCCAGAAGAUCACACAGGAUUUAAAGCGCAGAACCGUCCCCACUCUUCCUCCGGCUCCCGGUUGCGACGGCGACGACGACUACCAGCAACAAGUCACCAUCUGGCAAAACUGGGUCGAAUGGGAAAAAGAGGAUCCCCUCGUGCUGAAGGAGGAAGACAUCAAAGCAUACCGCGAUCGCGUUCUCUAUGUCUACAGACAGGCUACCAUGGCUCUUCGCUUCUGGCCUCAGAUCUGGUACGAUGCCGCCGAGUUCUGCUUCGACAAUGAAAUGGAGACCGAGGCCAACGACUUCCUCGCUCAAGGCGCUUCAGCCAACCCGGAGAGCUGCCUUCUCGCUUUCGUCCGUGCCGACCGUAUCGAGCAGACCAUGCCUGUCGAGGACGGCGAAGAGAGCCUUGUCCGCCGUGGUGAUGCUGUGAAGGAGCCUUACGACAACUGCCUGAAUGCAUUGUACGCUCUGAUCGACAAGAUCAGGGCACGCGAGCCUAAGGCUGUCGCUCAGAUCAAAGACUAUUACGAGUCUUUGCCUCCGUUAUCUCGCGAACCCACUCCGGAAGCCAGGGAUGACGACGAUGAUGAAGAUUCAACAAGCAGACCUGCCUCGAACUCUAGAGAUGCCGAGGAGAAGAGACAGAUCGACGAGGUGCAAAAGGACACUGCCUCUCAGAUCAAGACCGUCUCCAAGACAUUGUCCUUUGUCUGGAUCGCUCUCAUGCGUGCCAUGCGCCGAAUCCAAGGCAAGGGCAAGCCUGAUGCUCCUGUCGGAGGUCUUAGAAAUGUCUUCGCUCUCGCGAGGAAGAGAGGUCGUAUCACAAGCGAUGUCUAUGUGGCAACCGCGCUUAUCGAAUACCACUGUUACAAGGAUCCGGCCGCAACGAAGAUCUUCGAGCGCGGCAUGAAGCUGUUCCCCGAGGACGAGCUGUUUGCUAUGGAAUACCUCAAGCAUUUGAUCGCUACUAACGAUGUCACAAAUGCUCGUGCUGUCUUCGAGACUACUGUUUCUAAGCUCUCGGCUAAGCCCGAGAACGUUGCCAGAACUAAGCCUCUUUUCCUCUUUAUCCACGAGUACGAGUCCAACUACGGCGAGUUGGCACAAAUUACAAAGCUCGAGAAGCGCAUGGCCGAUCUCUUCCCCGAAGACCCAUCCCUCGUCCGCUUUGGCCACCGCUUCAGAAUUCCUACCUUUGAUCCAUGCACAGUCCGCACCAUCAUCAGUCCCAACGCACAAACGAGACCCAAGGGUACAGAGUCUGCGAUACUCAGCACUGAGAUUGAGCCAGUACCAAACCCUGCAGUUCUGUCUGCCGCCGCCGGCUAUGUACAAUCUCCCAAGCGCCCGCUUGACAACGCAGAUUCUGAUGCAGAACAACCUGCACGCAAGCUUGCGCGUGGUGAAUCUCCACUCAAGGGUGCCGCCGGCCGCCGUCAACAGCAAAGACAGCGUGCAGAGGGCUACGGUUCACAAGUUGUGGCCCCACCGCCCAAGCCCCUUCCGAGAGACAUCACUUUGCUUCUCAGCAUGAUCCCGAACGCUUCUACAUACCCGGCCCAGGCGAGAUUGAACGCUGAAAGCAUGGUUGCUUUGAUCAGAGGCAUUGAUCCCAGCAGAGCCAUGCCCCAGGGUGGUGGCUAUGGCGGCGGCAACUACAACUACGGCCGCUGA